CCCAAUCUCGCUGGCGGCGCACAAACGCUCCUCUUACAGGCGCUAGCGGAGCUGCAGCUGUCCCUCACGCCGCUUUAUGGGGAAAUACAGCAGAUCUCCCGAGCAUCACUGGGCACAGGACGGAGGGAGCCGGGCGCUCCAGCUUCCAGUCGGCGCGUCCCUCGCGGAGCUCGCUCCCAGGAGGGGAAGAGGCAGGCUCCACUCCGGUCUGAAGCUCCCCGAGGACGUGAGAGGCAGGGGCUGUGAACCGGGGGGUCGGGACCGUCCCGAAGGGUCAGGGGCAGCCGGAGGUGAAGAGCCCCGUCGGGAAUCAAGCCCUAAAUGAAUCGGAGGCAAGCUGAGGAGGAGGGACGAAGGAGCCGGUUUUAUUCCGAAUGUCAAAAUUUUGAAGAGCAGUGUGUGGUUGCACUGACAUCCAUUUACAGUGGCUGAGCAAUGUUUUCCGAGUUUUUGCCUAGAGUGAUUUUUCUCUCAAGGUUCAGGCAGAAUACAUCAGCAGAGCAGAGAGAAGAAUUUUGAGAGAAAGUGUGCCUACGUACCGCUUCUCAUUGGUCAACUUGGAGAGGACAGAGUGUGAGGAGACUGCAGGCUGUUCCUUUGGAGUCCCGCACCUUAAGUUGAUCUUUCAACUGAUCCGUUUACAGGGUGCCAGCUGCCGGCGAAUAGACGCUCUUUGAGAUCACUGUGCUGGACUUGAGGAAAGUAGGGGAACCUCUGAUGGAGCUCAGCUUGACUCCUGAAAUGUUCUUACCCUACCAGGGACAGCCGUACUGCGGUCAGCCUGCAGCCUCAUGCAGUGUCUCUAACGCACAGGCGCCCCCACCACCUCCUCUGCCUCUUCCAUCACUCCCACCCACCCCUGUCCCCGCCCCCGUCCCCACCCCUAUUCCCGCCCCCGCCCCACUCAAACCAGGACAGGGCGGCUUCCGGAAGGUUUGCCGCACCGAGGAGGCGGGGCCGUGCCCUUUCCCCGGGCUGGCGGCCGGGGUCCUGGAGAUGCGGGUGAAGGAGGGGAGCAAGAUCCGGAACCUGAUGGGCUUCGCCAUGACCCGCAUGCAGGGCGGGGCCGGGGGAGACGGGGGCGGGGCCGGCGGCGGGGGCGGGGGCGGGGGCGGACUCAGGCAGGUGGUCUUCGCCGGAUCGGGGCGCGCCGUCACCAAGACCAUCACCUGCGCCGAAAUCAUGAAGCGCAAGGUGGGCGGCCUGCACCAGCUGACCAAGCUGCGCUACAGGAGCGUGCGCGAGGUGUGGGAGAGCCGGGAGGGCGGGGCCUCCGAGAUGACCAUCCACAGGACCGUCCCGUCCAUCAGCAUCCUCCUGUCCAAGGACCCGCUGGACCCCGGGGAGCCCGGGUACCAGCCCCCGGAGGCCCUCGGCUCGCUCUGGGAGCCUCCGGCGCAGGAUGAGGGGGAGGGCGUGGGUGCCCCCCCGACAGCCGACAAGAGACCCCUCAGCCCCGCCCCCUACGGCAGCCAGCCCGGGUGCAAGAGACCCUGCCUGACCGACGGGAGUUUUUCUGCUCCCUUCCCAAAAUGACUGACUUUUUUUGGGAGGACAAAAUGACAAAGGCCAGUUGGUGGUGCUUACUCGAUCAUAUCAGUCAGACAUGGAGAGGCAUAAACAAAUUUUCUGCAUUCUGAAGUGUGUGCGUGUGUGUGUGUGUGUGUGUGCGUGCAUGCGUGUGUGCGUACACUUUUGCCUGAUUUCUCAUUUAUUUCUCAUCUGAAGCAAUGACAGAAUGACACUUUCUACCUAAGACUUGACACCUUAUUCUCUGGGUUGCAGAGUUUCUACAGUUUCAUAAGUGUAGCACUCAACUUUGUGGUGGCCUGACAACAUAUCCAUUUAUCCAUUAACUUUCUCCAUGGUCUGCUCCUCUUUUAUUAUUAUGCUGAGUUAUAUAAAAGCACAUUCUUCAAAGACAAAACGUAGGUUCUGAGUAGCUUAAAUAAAUGCAGCUGUAUGUGUAUAAAUCUAUUUAAUAUGACCAAGAGAUAAAUAUUUUUUGUUGUGGUCUUGAAUAUCCACCUGCCAUCCAUACAUUCAAAUAAAUUUCAAAUUUGCCGAUGAAUGCACAUAAAUUAUUUCUGUGGUAGUGCCUGUAAUAAUUCACCGGAGUGUGGAUAUAUUGACAUUUUCCCUUUGUCCUUUGAUACCACGGGCUCAGUACAGAUAGGUUUACUACACAGAAUCCCAGCUGACAAAGGAAACGUAACGCCCCGGUCUUUUGAUGCAAAUGUGAGCAAAGAGACGAAGGCGCCGGUAUCUGCUCGGAUAAGCUGGUGCAUCGGGAACUGGCUUACAGAAGUGCCAACAGCUGUUAUAAACAUAGAUUAUCAUUAAGAUUGUAACGGAACAAGAUGCUUCAGGAAUACAAAGAAGGCCCAGGACCGUUUUCCUUUAUCUUCUCGCCCGAAAGGAGCGCUGCAGACUCAGCUAACCUUUAAUCUCUGCAAAGUACCCAGUGUGGCGUGGAGCCACGCAGAAAAGGCCACAAUUCACGGGCCGCCUGACAGCGCUCUCGUUGUCAGUGAAAUGCACGCGCGGCUACCUUGCACACCUUCGCGAAAGCCCGUAGUUGCUGAUGCCGCGACUCAGAAACUAUAACUGUGCUCUGACCCAGGCUGGCCAGUUCUUCAGUCUGAAGCAAGCCUUUUCCGUAUGGCUGAGGAGACGCCAAGGGCGACACCGCAAUGCACUAUUGAUCAAGAUGAAGGUUAAAGUUAAUAUGGGUGGGUGCUUAAUGCACGACGCCCCCGGAAUACAUCUGGACCGUGGCGAUAAGCUGCACUGCGAAUGAACGUGUUCUGCAAAUGACCCGCAGUGUCUUGUGAUGUUUCAAGCUUAAUGAAAAACGCAUUUGUUACCGUUCUUGGCUUGAAUUGGUUUGAGUUCUCUGGUGAGUUAGGUCAUUGUCAUAUUUGUUUCAUGUGUAUUAAAGAUCUAUUCCAAUAA